AUGCGCCACCGCGCCGCGCCGGCGCGAUGCGUGCCGGGAGAGCGAGUCCCGCCGUGUCGUACUACAGCUCCCAUCGUGCAGCGCGGCCGAGCCCCGCGCCCCCUGGCGGCCGUGGCGGCCCCGACGGGGUGGGUCGGGACGAGCGCGGAUCCCGGGACACGGCGGAGGGUCCGGGAGGCGGCGGAUUCCGAGGAACACGGUGCAGCCCGGCCGACCCGCGCCUCUCCGCCUCGAGCGCGGCGCGUCUCGGGUCGGCUCGCAGACGGACACCACCGUCCCCAGGUCCUGAGCCACAGCAGCCCCGCGCCCUCCGGCUCUCCCCACACUGUGCCCGCGGCGCUCGUCCCUUGCCCGCCCAUCGCGGCUGAGGGCGGAUACCGUGCGAUCCCCAACCGGACGCCCCGCGGCCGUAGGCGAGUGACUGCGACCGGUGACCCAGGACAGCCGUCGGGGAGCCGAUUUAUGAAUGGGAGGCACCGCCUCGGUCCCCGCUCCGCCCAUUCGCCGCCACCGCCCCGCCCCGGGCCGCCCAUCGCUGGCCACUCGCGCCGUCGGGGCCGGUCGCCGGUCGCCGCCGUGGCCAUGGCCCAUCGCCCGUCGCCCGCCGCCCGCCCGCCGCCCGCCGCCAUGAGCUACGGGCAUCUGGAGGGCGACGUGCGCUGGCGGCGGCUCUUCUCCGCCACCCGCUUCUUCCUGCGCAUCGACGGCGGCGGCGGCGUGGAGGGGACGCGCUGGAGGGAGCGGCCGGGCAGCAUCGUUGAGAUCCGGUCGGUGCGUGUCGGCGUCGUGGCCAUCCGGGCGGUGCACACCGGCUUCUACCUGGCCAUGAACAAGCGGGGGAGGCUCUACGGGUCGGUAGGUCGGACGCUGCCUCCUGGGAGGGACUGCACCAGAGUCAGAGGCUCAGGGCAGAGUCGGAACAGGGUCCAGGUUUCCCAUGCCCUGACCUGCUCCCCAGCAGGGGACUGCACCCACCAAGCCCCUCUGCCCUUAGGGGACCAGGGAGGAGCCAGGGUCCCGCCCUGCCCCACUCUCGGGGUCCGAGGGUCCCCAGCUGAGCACAGCCACCCCUCACCCCCUUCCCUCUCCUGCCAGAAGGAGUUCAACCCCAACUGCAAGUUCACGGAGCGCAUCGAAGAGAACGGCUACAACACCUACGCGUCGCUGCGCUGGCGGCACCGCGGCCGCCCCAUGUUCCUCUCGCUCAAUAGCAAGGGCAGGCCACAGCGAGGGGGCAAGACACGCCGGCAGCACCUCUCCACACACUUCCUCCCCAUGCUCGUCAGCUGAACGCCGUGGGCAGCUCCGGACGGUCCUGUAGGAGAAAAAAAAAAAAAGGCAAAAAGAUGUUAUUUUAUUUAUGUACAUAUCUAUUUUUUGCUAUUUAUUGCUUUAUUUUUAACGCACGGCAGAGGAUGGAUGUGGGAGGCAGAUGCUCCAGACUCAGCCGUGCGGGGCUGUGGCUUUCCCACUGUUCCCCCGGAGUGCGUGACUGGAGCAGGGGCCAGGAUCUGCUAAUGGCAUCUCUGCAGGGCUGGGAUGUACCAGCAGGUUGUCU